GUUUAUCUCACUUUCACUAUGUCUUUCUUUUCCCUGAAAAAUCUUCAUACUGAUCAUCAUCUUCAUCAUCAUCAACAACAACAACAACAAUAACAUUGUUUCAUCAUCAUCAUCAUCCUCAUCUUUAAGCAUCAAUUGUUAUUCAUAUCAACAGAAGCAACAACAAUAACAACAACAUCAUAAGAAAAAGUUUCAUCAACAACAAUUAGCAAAACCCUUUAAAUCAUUUUAUUAUUGUCUUUGUUUUGUUUUGUUUUGUUUUUAUCAACAAUUCAGCAAAAUGGAUACAAGUUCAAUGUUUGGAUUAACUAAUAAUCAACCCAAUGUGCCACCCAACACAUGUAUGGCCCCUUACCCCGUGUGGCCGGUGGGCUUGGGUCGAGCUCAUUUUGAGAAACAACCACCGCCGAACCUGAGGAAGAGCAACUUUUUUCACUUUGUUAUCGCUCUUUUUGAUAAAUUUGGUCACCCGGUUGAAAUUGAACGAACCUCAUUCGUGGGGUUCAUUGAGAAAGAUCAAGAACCUGAUACUCAGAAAACCAACAAUGGAAUACAUUAUUCACUUCAAUUGGUUUACUCUAAUGGUGUCCGGCAAACUCAAGAUUUAUAUGUAAGACUGAUUGACUCUGUCACCAAACAAGCGAUCGUCUAUGAAGGUCAAGACAAGAACCCGGAAAUGUGUCGUGUUUUACUGACCCAUGAAGUUAUGUGCAGCCGUUGUUGUGACAAAAAAAGUUGUGGUAAUAGAAAUGAAACUCCAUCAGAUCCAGUCAUCAUUGACAGAUUUUAUCUCAAAUUUUUCCUCAAAUGUAAUCAGAAUUGUUUAAAAAAUGCUGGAAAUCCUCGGGACAUGAGGAGAUUUCAGGUUUUGAUAUCGACCAAUGUUAGUGUGGAGAGUCCACUUCUUUCCGUUUCGGACAAUAUGUUUGUCCACAACAAUUCAAAACAUGGACGUCGAGCCAAACGUUUAGAUCCUGCUGAAGUUCCAUUUUCAGCAACUCCAUCUAUCAAAUCAAUAUUUCCCAGUGAGGGCUGGACAAACGGAGGAAGUCAAGUUGUCAUAAUUGGUGAUAAUUUUUUUGAAGGUUUACAAGCGGUUUUUGGGACAACAUUGGUAUGGACAGAGUUAAUCACAUCUCAUGCAAUUAGAGUGCAAGUCCCUCCAAGACACAUUCCCGGAGUUGUUGAGGUAACAUUAUCAUACAAAUCCAAGCAAUUUUGUAAAGGAGCUCCUGGUAAAUUUACAUACAUAUCUAUUAAUGAGCCAAAUAUAGACCAAGGAUUUCAAAGAUUAGCUAAAUUGGUUCCAAGACAUCCAGGGGAUAACGAGAAAUUAUCAAAGGAAAUCAUAUUAAGAAGAGCAGCUGAAUUAGCUGAAGCUAUUUAUAAUAUGCCUCGGAAUACAUCACAAUUAACUGCACUUCCUGGUCCACGAUCACCGGCUAGUGCGUUGAACAAUGCAGCGGCUGCUGCUGCAAUGUCGGCGGGUUUCAAUAUGGCCUAUUCGGCAGUGGAAUAUAGUCGAGCACAGAACAAUAGUGUUUCACCUAGUCGAGGAUAUGCUUCUAAUGCAUCAACCCCUCAAUCCAAUAGCGGUGGAAGCUCUUAUGGUGGUGGUUCUCAUGGAGGUGGUGGCGGUGGUGGUGCUACAAAUGGUCCAGUUAAUGGAAACUAUGGAAGCCCUGGAACGGUGGUCAAUGCAACUGUACCUGGACCAAUAUUUGGUUGGCCCGGAUUUUGAGUUAAUUAAACUUUUCUCAUUCUUAAUACAUUAUUGAUAUUGAAAAACAACAAAUACUAUUAUCAACUUUGCCAUCAACUAAAUUAACACAAUAAACUAAACCAAAACACAUCUACAUCCACAUACAAACUCACAAAGACACAAAACAAAAGCAUCAUCAUCAUUAUCAUCAUCUUCAUCAUCUACAUAAUCAUCAUCGUCAACCUUUAUCUCUCUCAAUGAUCUUCAUUAUCUCUUUCUUAUCAUCUUUGUUUCCUCUUUCUUUCUGUUAAAAGAAAAACUUUUUCUCUUUGUAUCUUCUCUUUCUUUUUCUUUGUCCAAAAUCUUCCAAAAGAUUGUAAUGUAUACAUAAUCCAUUAUCUCUCUCUCGCUCUCUCUUUCUCUUCCUUUCUCCCUCUCUGAUUUUCAUCCUAUUUCCUCUUCCAAAAAUUGGAAACUCUUUCUCUCUUUCGCUACCUCUUCUUCUUUCUUCUCCCACUCUUUCUCUUUCUCUCUCUCUCUCCUCCUCCAUCUAUUUUCCACUCUUUAAGUUAACCUCUUCUAACACAAUUCUGCUCUCAAAUCAUUAAAACAUUAAAACAAAAGAGGUUAAUCCUCUUGAGAUUAAACAUAAAA